AUGUCAAACACCAUAAAAAUACUAGAGAAGAAACAAAACCCGCUUCUUGACAGAAUGGAGCUGUCUUUAUCGAUCUACCAUCCUACAAAGGGAACUCCAAACAAGAAAGACGUUUCAAAGAUUCUUAGCGAGCAAAUGAACGUAUCUGUUGACAACAUUAUCAUCAAAGACUGCUACACCAGAUUCGGAACACACAUUUCAACAGCGCAGGCCAAAAUAUACAACAAGAAGCUGAGCUUAGAGAAGAUAGAGCACAAAUUCAUUCUCAACAGAAUCCAGAAGGAAAAAGACGGAAAGGAAAUCACCAAGCUCCCCAGAAAGAUAAGAAAGGAAGAGAAGAACAAGAAGAAGAAGAUAAGAGGAACAUUAGCAGCACUCCAGAAGAAGGCAGAGAAGAGACAGCAAAGAAAUAGUUAA